GUGACGUCACGAGUAGGUCCUGUGAUACGCUGGUGGAAGUAAAGGGAACCAAACCAUCAGCUACAACAGCAGGCUGAGUUUAUUAACAAUAAAAGACCAGUAUCUGUAAAUUACCGUGUAAAGGACCGAGACAAGGCGCUUCAGGUCGCACUGCUGGCCGUUGAAACCCCCACAAAGAAACAAAGAUGACGGCGGCGGUGUUUUUCGGCUGCACCUUUAUUGCCUUCGGCCCGGCCAUCGCUCUGUUCCUGUUUACCAUCGCCCGGGAUCCUCUGAGGGUCAUUUUCCUCAUAGCUGGAGCGUUUUUCUGGCUGGUGUCCCUUCUGCUGGCCUCUCUGGUCUGGUUCAUCUCGGUUCAGAUCAGUAAUAAGGAGAGCGUGGCGCAGCAGAAAGGGCUCCUCAUCUUCGGAGUGGUGCUGUCCGUCCUGCUGCAGGAAACCUUCCGCUUCGCCUACUACAAGCUGCUGAAUUUUGUAGGUGCUAGUGGUUGCCCAAGGCUUUCCGACCUGACGACGCACUACUUCUCCUCCUGCGGCGGUGUCGACUCCGGGAGUCUCCGACAAGCUAAGGCUGUCACUGCUUCUCCUCAAACAACCAAAACUCUCGCUGUUGCUUCCUCUCUCCUCUCACCGACUGCUUCGCAAAACUGUUUUCAUUAUACUUUCAUGUUGACCCAUUUUUCCCGUCUUCUCCCGCAGACCUUCCAGAACCCCGAGUACGUGGCCAGCCUGGUCCCCACCUACGUCAUCCUGUUCGUGAUGGGCAUUUGGGCGUUUUACUCCGCCGGCGGCUCCCUAAGGAACCUCAAACUCUGCCUUACCUGCAAAGACAAGGACUUCCUGCUCGCCAACCACCGGCCCAGAUAACGCAGCACACAAGGCGCUGUGCAGGACUCUUUACCCAAAGAUGACCGAGUUCACACACACACACACACACACACACACACACACACACACACACACACACACACACACACACACACACACACACACACAGCGAGGAAGCAGAGUUAACCUUCUGUUAACCUGCUGUUUCACUAAGAGGUAUUUCAUCUUCAAUCUAAACACGUAAAAGCAGAAUCAGAGAAAGGUCCUUGAAUGAAAGGAACCAACUAUUUGGAUUCAUGUCCACCUCAGUUUGUUAUUCAAAAAUACAAAAUGUCUUAAAUCUAGCUGAUAGUGUCCCCUGUUUGUUGCCUGAUGCUUCGAAGCUAACUGACAAAAGGUGUUUUAGAUAGAAACGUUUCACAUUCUGUAAAUAUUCCAGUGUUUUCAACAAUCUUCUUUUCAAAUGUGUCAAAAGGUGGAUUUUUCAUUUCUGAUCAGAACUCUUUGUGUAAAUAUUUAUGCAUUUGUAAUUCCCUGCUGUGUAGAUAGUGAAAUCUUUUUUCAAGAUGUGAUGUCUUUUAGUCUGUGUAAGAACUUGCCUUUGAUUUGAAAUGAACACAGAUUGACCGUUUGUUUGUUUGAUCGCAGUUAUCUAGAGACCAUGACUUUAUAACUUCUGUAGGGCAAUUAAAUGAAAUCACCAUGA